AUGGAAUUCGGUGAAAUAGAAUUCAGCGAAAUGAACGAUUCAAUGUGUAUAAGAGACAGGAUAUGGGAUAUGGAUAUGGGAUAUGGGAUAUGGGGAUAUGGGAUAUUGGAUAUGGGAUAUGGGAUAUGGGAUUGGAAUUUUGGAAUGGGAUUAUGGGAUAUGGGAUGGGAUGAUAGGAUAUGGGAUGGGAUAUGGGAUUUCCCAAUCCCAUUAAUAUGGGUGGCAAGUAUAGAUAGCCCGGUUUUAAAAUAUUCAUGUUAA